AAAUCAUGAUGAUGUAUUGGGCCUGUAAAGCCCAUUUGAGCGAAGCUUUCUGAAUUUGACGGAAAUAAUAAUAAAAUAAAAUAAAAGCGAACCCCGAGCAUGUAUUGUAGAUUGUAGAUCCAUCCGCAUCCGCUAGCUCGCGCAGGCACCAGCAGGUGAGGUUAUUGUGAUUUGAAUGGAGGGAAGUGGAGGUGGCGGUGCUUCACCGUCUGCACCGUUGAAGCAAUACUUACAGGAAUUCUCGAAGCUGUUUCAGUACUAUCUGGAUAAAUCCACUCCCCAUCCCCCCUACAGGUGGAUUGGGACUUUCGUCAUUGCAUCCAUCUACGUUUUGCGUGUUGUUUAUGUGCAGGGGUUUUACAUUGUCUCUUAUGGCCUCGGAAUCUACCUCCUCAAUCUCUUGAUUGGCUUUCUCUCCCCUUUGGUUGAUCCAGAACUCGAUCCCUCCAACGCCCCUAUGCUUCCUACCAAAGGCUCCGAUGAGUUCAAACCCUUCAUUCGCCGCCUCCCUGAGUUCAAGUUCUGGUAUUCUUUCACCAAGGCUCUCUGCAUAGCGUUUGUGAUGACCUUUUUUUCCAUGUUUGAUGUUCCUGUCUUUUGGCCUAUACUACUCUGUUACUGGGUUGUUCUCUUUGUCCUUACAAUGAGGCGCCAAGUUGCACACAUGAUGAAAUACAAAUAUAUCCCCUUCAACUUGGGGAAGCAGAAGUAUAGCGGUAAGAAGUCUUCUGCAAGUAGCAGUGGCUCUCGUGCAGACUGAAACUUGAUUCUUAUGAUUUGAAGAUCUACUAAGUUAGGUUUUGUGAACAUUCAGGCUAGUUAAUUUUCCCCCUUUUUUAAUGAAAGAAAUUGUAUUCUGGGCAUUAUGGAUGCCAGUAUGCACUAUACAUUAUGCAGUUACAGAAAUACGUGCUAAUAUUGGUAGUGAGUUUCAUUGUCGGUACACAUGUAUUGAUUGGAUUUCCUUGUAAAUCUCAGCUUGUAUUGUGCAUUUGUGAUGCUGUAAUUUUUCCAUGCCUGGUGGCUUCUACUUCAAUAUUAAGGCAAAGUUCAUCUAUC